AUGGCUCAAUCCGUUCCCCCAGGAGAUAUCACCACCCAGCCCGGCACCAAGGUCGUCUUCAACGCCCCCUACGACGACAAGCACACCUACCACAUCAAGGUAAGAGCUGAAGGGUGAAGUAGAAGGGUUGAUAGGUUGAUUAGGUAGUAGCUUUUGGGAUUUUUUUUAUGGUUUUUUGGGGUUUUUUUGAAAAUUUUUGGGAUUUUUUUGAGAUUUUUGGAAAUUUUUGGUUAUUUUAGGGGAAUUUUGGGGGUUUUUUCGUAAUUUUUGAAAAUUUUAGGAAUUGCCAAACAUUUUUAGAGAGGUUUUUUUAAAUUUUUUUUGCGUUUUUUUUUGCAAUUUUUCCAAAUUUUUGGCAAUUUUUUUUGAAUUCUUGUACAUUUUUUGCAAUUUUUUGCAUUUUUUCAAUUUCCCACCAUAAUCCCCCGUCUUUUCCAGGUGAUCAAUGCCGGUGGUCGUCGUAUCGGAUGGGCCUUCAAGACCACCAACAUGAAGCGUCUCGGUGUCGACCCCCCAUGCGGAGUGCUCGACCCCAAGGAGGCCGUCUUGGUGGCCGUCUCCUGCGACGCCUUCAGCUACGGCCAAGAGGACACCAACAACGACCGUAUCACCAUCGAGUGGACCAACACCCCCGAUGGAGCCGCCAAGCAGUUCCGCCGCGAGUGGUUCCAGGGCGACGGUAUGGUGCGCAGAAAGAACCUGCCCAUCGAGUACAACCCUUGA